AUGAUGGGUGGAGCAGAGACGGAGAGCCGGGUGGGCGGAGGGGCCCGGCUCCGAGCUCCCUGUCACCUGGCCGAGGCGCCCUCUCGAGGUCACCAUCCGCAGCCCAGCCCCAGUGCUGUGGCGGCAGGAACGGGCCUGAGCCCCAGCUCCCAGACACGGCCAGUCUGGUCCAGGAGACCAGGUCCGCCGCCUCUCCUGCACACCUGCACCUCAGUGCCCACACGGCGCACGCAGCUGGAGGGAUAA